CAUGACGCCCUCGUCCAAUCUGCUCGCGCCCCUUGCGUCACCUUAUUAGAGGUCUGUAGUUCACACCGGAGUCACGGAGGCUCGGGAGUUCCGCAGACUGUGCCUUUUGUGUGCGUGCGUGUUUUCGGUGGGUGUGUACGUCCGGUCGCGGUGAGUUUUCGAUGCUUUGUGAUGUCGACUUUGGGGACGUUGAGUUACUACACAGACACGCACAUUACGCACGAGCCAGAUGAUCAUUUGGCCGCCAGAUUCUCCUCCGCUGCCGGUCUGCAUCACACGAGAGAGCUCGCGCUACUGCACGACUAUGGCGACCAAGACCUGUGCGCGCUCCAGACCAAAUCUGCCGCUAACAUCUUCGGAGCCUCGUGGAGUCCCGCGGCAGAGCCCGCGCGCUCCUCCUCCGGUGUGUACCAGCCGUACGUGCACCAGCCCUGCACGAGCGAGGAGGGCGACGGGAUGGCACAACGAGCCUCUUGGACUCUAGAGCCUCUCGCGCCCCUCUCUUACUCGGGAUUAACCACCACGAGCGCAGUGCACCACGAGAUCAAGCCCGAGCCCCUGUCGGUAGGCGACGGCUGUAACACGGUGGGAGUACAGCCUCUGCUCGCGGACAUCCACGAGGACAGCUGUACGCCAGACACCGAGCCUCCAGCCGGUACUGAAUCCGGUUUCCCGCAGAGCCACGAAUCGAAGGGCGCGCCAUUACCGGAGGAGAAGCCGGACAACGCCAUAGACCCCAGUAACCCCGCGUCCAACUGGCUGCACGCGAGCUCCACGCGGAAGAAGCGCUGUCCGUAUUCCAAACACCAGACGCUCGAGCUGGAAAAGGAAUUCCUCUUCAACAUGUACCUCUCGCGCGAGCGCCGGUACGAGGUGGCGCGCGUACUCAGCCUGACGGAGCGACAGGUGAAGAUUUGGUUCCAGAACCGGCGCAUGAAGAUGAAGAAGUGCAGUCGCGAGACACACAGACUGCCCAAACAUCACUGAGACUGCGCAGUGAGCCGCUUGGACACUCGGUCUUGGACCUUGGUCGCUCCGAGUCCGAAACUGUGUUUUUCCCGCCGGACUGAAGGUGAUGUGUGUGGUGUGCCGGUAGGCUACUGGCCGUUGAGGUCUCCUGCAGCACCCGGAAAUAGUCUUGUUGUUUUGGUGUCAUUACGCACAUUCACAUGGCGACGUGCUUUAGUUGUUUCGGUGCCAUGACGCACGCACAUUCAUGAUGUGGGGAAUAGUUUUUUUUGUUACUGCGCACAUCUCGGUGGAGCUGUGAUACAUCCAGCUGCUGUUUUUCUGGUGGUUUAUAAGAGUGGUGAAUUUGUUAUUAUUUUGGUUAUUAUUAUUAUUAUUAUUAUUAUUAUUAUUAUUAUUAUUUCCCCCGCACGUGACUACUUUUGGGGGAUUAUUUGUCGUGUUUAUGUGCCAUCAGUGGUGCGCGCACUGUCGAGUGGCCAGUUGGAAUGUGUGUGUGUGUGUGUGUUUGCUGCAUGUUUCGUGUCCUCGUGCUCGUGUCCUCUUGAAUGUGUGUGUCUCUCUGUUCUGUUCUGUGAUUCGGUGUUUCCUUGUUUGGUGUUGACUACCUGUUUUUAUAACUACCUACUUUGUUGUUUUAUUUUUUAUUAUUGUUUACGUUUAGGAGUCUUAGAGCAGGCCGUCUGUGAGAGUUUGUCUGUUGAUGAUUUUGUAUUGAGGCAGAACUGACAUUCUGUGAGAUUUUUUAAAAGAUGAUAGCACUGGAACCAUAGAAAGUAGCCUACCUCAUUGACUCACGUAAUGUUAUUUUCAAUUAGGGGAAUGGAAUUGAAUGGAUAUUGAAACAGACAAACACAAAACUAAAUAAAACAA